AUGUAUGCUGUGACUAUUAGUGAUGAGGGUGACUGUUACCGGUGUUUCCCGCCCGACCCGGGCAUUGGUACUGCUGCUCUAGGUGCUGGCGAGGCUGCUGCUCUAGGUGCCAGUGCGUCUGCGCCCUCAGGUGCUGGUGAGUCUACGCUCUCAGGUACCACGUCGGCUUCGGCCUCCCUCACCUUCACACUUGACUCAGGGGCUUCUCGCUCCUUCUUUCGAGACCGCACCACACUCACGCCGCUUGGUCGGCCGGUUGCAGUCUCCCUGGCAGACCCCUUUGGGGGUCCUGUCCUCUCUCACUUCUCCACUCUCCUCCCGUGUCCGGCGGCCCCCUCUGGCACCUUGUCUGGUCUUUACCUCCCCUCGUUCUCUACGAACUUGGUGAGUGGUGCUGACCUGCAGGAUACGGGGGUUCACCAGUUUACUCCUGCGGGUCAGCGGGUGACCCACUGCUCGGACGCUCGCACAGGCCGGCACCUGGCCACGUUUACGCGUCGGCCGGGGUCGAGCCUCUACACCCUGACCACUGGGUCUCCUCCUGUCCCUGCGUCUAGCCAGGUAGCUGCGUCGGGGCCUGGUCCUUCCUUUGUUCCCUGUGUCGAGGGGCGGCUCCGGGCUGCCCCUCACUCCUCUCAGUUUCCCCCGACAGAGGCCCCGCUGCAGACACUUCACAUGGACGUGUGGGGCCCAGCCCGCGUCCGUGGACAGGGUCACGAGCGCUACUUCCUGCUGGUGGUUGACGACUACUCGCGUUACACCUCAGUCUUCCCCUUGCGUAGCAAGGGUGAUGUCACUGAGGUGUUGAUCGACUGGAUCUGCGCAGCUCGUCUCCAGCUCAGGAGGAGCUUCGGCUCGGACUUUCCUGUUCUGCGUCUGCACUCUGACCGAGGCGGAGAGUUCUCCUCUGGCCUUCUGCGAGCCUUCUGCCGUGCGCGAGGCAUCCGCCAGACCUUGACGCUUCUGGACUCUCCACAGGAAAAUGGGAUUGCUGAGCGCCGCAUUGGCAUGGUCAUGGACGUCGCUCAUACGUCCAUGAUGCAUGCGGCUGCCCCCCAUUUUCUGUGGCCGUUUGCGGUUCGGUACGCGGCGCAUCAGAUUAACCUUCACCCCAGGGUCUCCAUGCCGGAGACCUCCCCAGCUCUGCUGUGGACGGGGAAGGUAGGCGAUGCGUCUGCGUUCCGUGUCUUGGGAUCUCGGGCGUUUGUCCGCGACUUGUCUGCGGACAAACUGUCCCCUCGUGCUGCUCCUUGUGUCUUCCUUGGCUUCCCCCCUGACGCACCAGGGUGGCAGUUCUACCACCCCUCCUCUCGUCGUGUUCUGUCCUCCCAAGACGUCACGUUUGACGAGUCGGUCCCCUACUACCGUCUCUUCCCCUACCGCACUCCUUCCCUCCCCCCGCCGCCGCACUUCCUUGUGCCAGGUCCCCCCCCGGUAGACCCCCUCCCCCCUCACGGUCCUGCCCCUUCAGGUGUGUCCCAGGUAGACACAGUCGAGCCGGUCGAGGUUGCUGGUGACUCUGGUACUGCUGCGGGUGCUGAGCCUGGGGGUGCUGACUCUGGGGGUGCUGCGCGAGUGGGUGCUGAGCCUGGGGGUACUGAGCUUGGGGGUGCUACGACUGGGGGUGCUGAGCCUUGGGGUCCUUUGCCUGGGGGUGCUGCGUCUGGAGCUGUUGAGCCUGGGGGUGCUGCGUCUGGAGCUGCUAAGCCUGGGGGUACUGAGUCUGGAGCUGCUGAGCUUGGGGGUGCGGAGCCUGCGGCCGCUGGACCUGCUGGUGUGGCGUCUGGCGGUACUGGGCCUGGUGGUUCUCCGGGUGCUUCGUCUCGGCGGGAGCCACUCUCUCCACAGGAGCUGCGCGAGUGGUUUGCCCGGCGCUGGAGGCGUACUGCUGGAGCUGGUGCUUCUUCGGCUGCUGAGGGUGCUGGUGCCGCCGGUCUCGGAGGUGCUAGCCCUGGGAGUGCUGGAGCUGCUGGGCCUGCGAGUGCGACUGGAGUCGGAGCUGCUGAGGGUGUUGGCGCUGAGGCUACUGCUGUCAGUCCUAGCGGCGGUCCUGCUGCGGGUGCUGUUGGUGCUGCUGGAGGUACUGGAGCUGGAGGUGCUGUUGGCGCUGGUGCUGCCACUGGGGGUGCUGGUGCUGUCCCUGCUGUGUCUGGAGUCGCCGCGCGGCCUCGGCCGUACUUUGUUCCGCUCCUUCAGCAGGUUCUUGGUCUUCCUCCUCCCUUAGAGUGUCCACCGCUUGUCCAGUCACAGUCACAGUUACCGCCGGCCUCCCCACUGCCUGCUCCUUCUCCCUACACUGGUCCUACUGGAGGUCUUACUGAGCGUCGUGAGCCUGCGUCUCGUCCUGCGUCGCCGGUUCGUACUGCUCGCGCUAGUGGUCGCGGUUCGCGUCAGCGUCCUCCUCCUGUCCCUGGCACGCACCGGAUGUCUCUGCGUCCGUCCACUGCUCCUUUGCGUGCCCCUUUGCCUUCUCCUCCUGAGUCCUCUCUUCCUGCUCUUGCCGACCCGGAGUCGGACUCUCUUCGUGCUGCCAGUCCUACUGUCACGCGUCUCCUUGCUACUGUCGUCACUGACCCCUCUUUUGAGUCCACUGCUACGUCUGCUCUUGUUUCUGAGCUCGUCGACUUUGCUGCUCGCUGUCGUCUAGACUACGCUGCUAGUCUCGUUGCUGAGUCUGCGUCUGUCUGUCCUCCGUCCGUCGAGGGUGAGAUUGCUCUUGGCACGGACGUCCUUGAGGACAGGCAGGAGGAGUUCCAGUGUCUGGCUGCUGCUUCACCUUAUCUCGUGUCCGUACUACUUACCCCUGAGGGAGACCCGGAUGCACUUGACAUCCCGACUCCGCGCUCUUACGCGGAGGCCGUAGAGGGUCCCUAA